AUGGAUUUUGUCCACAGCAUCGGGGUGCUGGUUAUACAGCACUUGCAGAACAACUACAGGGAAUGUCACGACUUCCUCAGCUUCAUGUCAGCUGUGGGUGACCCUCGUAAUAUUUUCUCCGUUUAUUUCCCUCUCUGGUUCCAUCUCAGUCACAAUGUUGGCACCAAGAUGAUAUGGGUGGCUGUUAUUGGAGAUUGGUUCAAUCUUAUUUUCAAAUGGAUUCUUUUUGGUCAGCGACCUUACUGGUGGGUCCAAGAAACUCACUUCUACCACAACAAUUCAUUCCCAUAUUUGGAGCAAUUUCCCAUCACAUGUGAAACGGGGCCAGGUAGUCCAUCUGGUCAUGCCAUGGGUUCAUCUUCUGUGUGGUAUGUGAUGAUCACCUCUGCUCUCAACUUUACCAGGCCUUCCUCCAGUGCCACAUCUGUGCAGAGUUUUCAAAGGUUUCGUCUUCUGAGGUCUGGUCUGUGGAUGGCUUUUUGGGUCAUUCAGAUAAGCGUUUGCAUAUCCAGGGUUUUUAUUGCAACACAUUUUCCACAUCAGGUUAUCCUUGGUCUUUUAGCAGGAAUGCUGGUUGCUGCGGUGUUUGAUCACAUCCCCUCAGUCUACAGCGCAAACUUGAAAGUGUACCUCCAGACCAAUGUUUUUCUAUUCUGUAUUGCUGUUUGCUUUUAUCUGCUCCUCAAAUUGAUGGACAUUGAUCUUCUUUGGUCAGUUACUAAAGCCAAGAAGUGGUGUGCUAACCCAGAGUGGAUCCAUCUCGACACCACCCCUUUUGCUGGUCUUUUUAGAAACCUUGGAGCCUUGUUUGGUCUGGGCCUGGCGGUAAACUCUGAGAUGUUCACUCAGAGCUGUAAGGGGAAAAACGGCUACAAAACCAGAUUUAAACUCAUGUGUGUGACAGCAACUCUCACAUGUCUGCAGCUGUACGAUUUCAUCAAAAUACCCACUCACACUGAGGUUCUGUUUUACAUACUGUCAUUUUGUAAGAGCGCUUCAGUACCUCUUGGUGUGGUUGCCGUUAUUCCUUACUGUGUUCAUUUGUUGGUCGGAGAUGAGGAGAGGAAGCUAGCUUAG